AACCGCGCCCACUGGCUCCAUGGAUGUAGAUGCAGACUGACUCCAUUCUGCGUCACAGCACCUACAAGUCACUGUUCAGGGUGAAACAGGCCCCUUCUUCAGCAACAGCUUCGGACACGGUCGGUCCAGUAAACACAGGGCGACAGGUUCUCGCUGUCACUGUUAUUUUAUUUGGCGUUAACUAUGGAUUCCGACAACGAAAGAGUUGCAAUGAGGAAGAAGAAUGAAGAAGCCAGAAGACGAGAACGUCAAGCAGCUUUGGAGAAUUCCGACUCUGACAUUGGCUUGUGUGGCUGGCUGUUGGUCGCGCUCUCCAUUCUUCUCAUGCUGGUUACUCUGCCCAUCUCCAUAUGGAUGUGUAUUAAGAUUGUGAAGGAGUACGAGCGAGCCAUUAUCUUUCGCUUGGGGCGCAUUUUGCGAGGGGGAGCCAAAGGUCCAGGGCUGUUCUUCAUCUUGCCAUGCACUGACAGCUUUAUUAAUGUGGACAUGCGCACCAUCACCUUCGACAUCCCACCGCAAGAGGUUUUGACCAAAGACUCUGUCACAGUGAGUGUUGAUGGUGUGGUGUACUACCGGGUCCAGAAUGCUACUUUGGCUGUGGCUAACAUCACUAAUGCAGAUGCUGCUACGCGGCUGUUGGCCCAGACCACCCUGAGGAACGUCCUGGGUACCAAGAACCUGUCAGAGAUCCUGUCUGAUCGUGAAGAAAUCGCACACAGUAUGCAGUCCACUCUGGAUGAUGCUACAGACGACUGGGGGAUCAAGGUGGAGCGGGUGGAGAUCAAAGAUGUCAAGCUGCCUAUUCAACUCCAGAGAGCCAUGGCUGCUGAGGCUGAGGCCACCCGUGAGGCCAGAGCCAAGGUGAUCGCAGCGGAGGGAGAGAUGAACGCGUCGCGGGCGCUGAAGGAGGCCUCCCUGGUGAUUUCCGAGUCUCCGUCAGCCCUGCAGCUGCGUUACCUUCAGACCCUCAACACCAUCGCUGCCGAGAAAAACUCCACCAUCAUUUUCCCACUGCCGAUGGAGAUGAUGCAGGGCUUCAUGAAAAACUGAGUAGGCGUCUCAAAUCACAUCGUUCACAUGCACACACUCAAAACAACACCCAUGACUUACACACACAUAUUUAGGCCUCUCUGUGUCUAUUAAGCAUGUCUCUUUGAACCAGCAGUGCUAAGGUAACGCUGAGGAAGUUGUGCUUGUGGCUCAUGUUGCACCAAGCUGUCCUCAAAGAACUUAUAUCGACUACCACAACAGCUUUUUAUCGCCUCGCCAUUGUUAUAUUUGAACACACAAAGAGCAUAGCUGCUCCGUGCAUCAACACUAGUGAAGCAGUAGUAACAUACUCUUUAUUAGCACUUCUGUCUUAUUUGUGUCUCAUUAAAUCAGUCGUGGACACAGUACUUUCCUACUUCUAUCUGUGGGAUUGAUGCUACGGUGUUUGUAUGCACAUAAUACAGCAUAAUGCCUUGUUAUCAACUGGUAUUGCUAACCGUGGCUAACCUAGCUAGAGCAAACCCCACUGAAAUAACAGUUAAUUCCCAUUAAUUGUACAGGAACGUGGUCAACCUGGGUGUGACGUCAUUCCCAGGUCUGGCUUCCGACUCCCGAGGUAAAAGGAACGCAGCUGUAGUCUGCAUUCAAAAUCUAAAAAAAAAAGAAAAAUGCAACACAAACUAACUGACCAUGGAGUGGAUCAUCAAAUGGAUCCUUGGUUACUUAAUUCCUAAUUGCCAUAUUGUUGUAAAAAAAACAAAAACAAAAAACAUUAUAGGUUAAUUAGACAGCUUAAGCAGAAGAUGAAACUAUGAAAUGUAACCCAGUUGCGUUGCUCAGAUCUUUUUUUUUUUCCCAUCUUAUGCACUGAUCAGUGUCCGAACAGCCAAUCAGAAAGCCAAUUCAGCGUGCUCAGUCAGCUGAACGGCUGCAGAGUAGGGUCAACUACAACCAACGGUGCAAAUUCUACAGCAGUCAGCUCGGUGUGUCGCCAAGAACUGUGUAUGAGAUUUAACUAUAGACAGAUAUAGUGCAGCAGGUGGUUCAGCUUUUACCCAGCAGUUUUAUUUCUCUCUUUGUGCUACAAAUGUAGAAAUCAGGCAAUCAGACACACACACACACACACACACACACACACACGUUACUUUACUAUACAUCUAAUAUCUCCUGAUAUUGUGGCUCUACUGCAACCAAUGCCAGCAUCGUGGUGCUCUGAUCAUUUUUUACCAAAGUAUUUUCUUGCUAUCCAUAUGGGGAUCUAUUGGCCUUAUUCCCAAUCCCCAAAACCAAACUACAUGGGUUUUUUUUAGAUGUUAGCUGCGCCAUUGAACAUGUUCAAUGAAUGUUAAGUAUAAAACUCAUUCCAACCUCGGCACCAAACUUGCAUUGUAACCGUGAAGGUCAAACGUGUACCACGACGUGCAGUAUACUGGACUCUCUACUGAUUGUCAUCAGGAGAGUGAAAGAAAAAAACACUGGCAUGUCGAUUAUAUAAAGAUCCUCCUCUGCAAUGGUCUUGGUGGAUUACUUUUGGUUUGCUGUAUCACAUGCUAACUAGCAUGGAGGUAAGCAGCGGUGUUAAAAUAGCCCCUUCACAAAGUAGGGAUCGGCCAUAGUCACACACACACACACACACACACACACACACACACACACUCCUUUUCUCCAGUUGCCAAUACUUUUGUCAUGGCUGAGAAGUUGACAGUCAGGCUGGAUGUUACUUGUGUAUGUUUACAGUAUGCUUUCUAUUGAUUUACAGUAUAUGUUACAUUUAGAAGAAUAGACAAAAUAUUAGGAACACCUCAAAUUACCAUAGCAUUGACUCUGCAGCAGUAUCAGCUACAGUAGUGGUACUGUUUGUAUGUCAUUGGGCUGUCAGUUGUUCCUAUUAUUUUGGCUUUACCAAUAGAGAGAAGCAGUGACUGUUAGAAACUUAUCGCAAAGCCAAAAGCCUUAACUUACUGCCAUUAAUUCAUUUCAACAGCCUAAUAUCAUAUUUCUAUGCAUUUACAAAAAUAACAAAUGGAUUCUAUUUACCUAUUUUAUUUAAGCAACAAUAUUUUUUAAGCAACAAAAAUAUUUCUAUCACAUACGCUCUUUCCAGGUGCAAACAAGCCAAAUAGUUAGUCUUUGUUUAUCUUUUAAACUGACAUGUAGUUGUUAUAUGUACUGUAUUCCUCCCUUUAACAUAUAAAGAACAGAAGUGUUGGUAAAUGUACGUUAAAGUAUGUCUGACUUAGUAGUGUUACUAUAUAUGUGUAUAUAUAAUGAAGUUUAUUAUAGCUUUGCUGUGACUAGACAGGGUUUCAGGUUGGUCACAACUGAGUUUAAAGUAGCACUAUAUGUUUUUUUUAAUUAUUUUUGUUGUGAAAUACAAAGACUGUUGCAGAAUAUUACUACAGUAACUCCUGUAUAUUUGAGUUGCUACAACAGAGAGUAUUAUUUUGCUACAGCUAGAUAGCAAAGAAUCUUGGGUAAACUUGCUUUAGAGUUUGAACUCUGUUACAGAGAGAAGAGGUGGUUACAUACUGUACAUAGUAGGACAUAGUGCUGCUGAUCACCGAGCGUUUGUGUUCAGAGAAAGAAA